AGGCCUUUUGCCCCUUCCACAGCACGGAAAAAAGGGAGAGGAGACAGCAGCAGCAGAGCCGCUUGGUGGUGGUGGAGAAAAGAGACGAGAGAGUGGAGAAGGAAGAAUGGAGACGACGGCCGCUUCUUCCCUUGCUUGUUUUGCUCUCUUUUGCUGUAAAAUUUUGUUACGAUGAAUCGAGCAUUCCGUUUCUUUCCAGUUUGCUGGAAGAAAAAUGGCUCUUUUAUCUCUUUACGAUCAUCUUUAUUGUCAAGAGGAGAUCGAAGGGUUGGAAGACGAGCAGCGUAAGGAGCUGCCGCUUCCGGCGGCCGAGGCCGAAGAAGAGUGGGAGGAGUUUCUUUGUUCUCUCUCGAUUAAAGAAGUGGAGUUCCUCCCCAAACCCUUUACUGAUGAGGGCAGCGCCGGCGCCGGCGAUGGCGAGUUCUAUCUGCGUUCAGCGAGGACGACGGCGGUCGAGUGGGUGGCGCAGGCCGCCGCGCGGCACGGCUUCUCGGCCGUCACGGCGCUGCUCGCUGUGAACUACCUCGACCGGUGCUUCCUCCCUUGCUCCGCUCGCGGCGAGCUGCUCCGGCUCCAGGACAAUAAGCCCUGGAUGGUGCAGCUCGCUGCCGUGGGGUGCCUCUCUCUGGCUGCUAAAAUGGAGGAGACUCGCGUCCCACUUCUGGUCGACCUCCAGGAGACGUCGGAGGACGGCGGAUUUUUGUUCGAACCCAAGACCAUCCGGCGCAUGGAACUCCUGGUGCUCUCUGCUCUCGGGUGGCGGACGAAUCCCGUCACUCCUCUAUCCUUCAUCCACCACCUCCUUCCUCGCAUCUGCUCGAAGGGUAAAACCACCGAAACCGACUUCGCCGGCGCCGGCAUUGUCCACCGCGUACGCGCACUGACGGCGAGGUGCGAAACGGCUCUUCUAUCGGUAAUGGCGGAUCGGAGAUGGGUUCGUUAUCCGGCAUCCGUAUGGGCGGCGGCGACCCUACUCGAGGCCACGGAAGCUUCCGCAGACGGCGACCACCACCUCCUUUUCCUCAACGCCCCAAAGAAACGAGUGGAAGAAUGCUAUCAGCUAAUCCUGGAGAGGACACGAACCGGCAAGAUUAGCCACAAACGCAAUCGCUCCUCUGUUUUCCGCUUCAGUUCAUCGCCGGCGAGCCCGAGCGGGGUGAUCGGCUCCUGCUUCAGCUGCGAGAGCUCCUGCGACUCAUGGGCGGCGCCUCCUUCCAAGAGAAACAAAGGCGGCAUGAGCAUGCCGCUGGCGGACGGAGAGGAUGGUGUUCAUUAAGGCUUCAUCAAUUCAUACAAUGCCUGUAAACCUUGUCCCCGCCAUGGCUCGACCUCUUCCCGGAGCAAUUUUGGUACUCGAUCGAGACGAGCAAGAACAGUAGAGACGGGAGACAUUGUGGUUCAAUAUUAAUGACGAAAACAAAUUGUAUUCCAUCUUCUUCCCGUUCAACAUUCCUCUGUAGGCCAUGGCUUUAAUGCCUUAA